AUGGAAAAGCUGCUGACUUGAUCAACACAGGCUGAACAGACAUGGAAGCUGCAGUUGGACUGUUGCUGGUGUUGCUUGGAGUCUCUCAUGGUGUGGAAACUCACUGUGAUGGCAGAUGGGAUGGAGCUCAGUGUUAUGGACCUUUGGGAGGAACUGUGAAAAUCCAGCUGAUGGACAACACUUCAGAAAUUAAUAAAUACAAUUUGUUAAAAAAUGCAUUAAAAAUAUUAAAUGUAAGAAAUAAUAAGGGUACUUCUAAUUCUAUAAGAGUGGAUCUUUUUCCCAGUAGAGGAACAUUUAGGAUCAAUAACCUGAGCAGCUCAGACAGUGGUAAUUAUACCCUUCAAACCUUUGACUCAGAUGGAAGAUCAUCAGGCGGGUGGACUUUACAGUUGUUCAUUCAAGCUCCUGUGUCCUCUGUGGUGCUGCUCUCUGAGUGUCUGUCCCAGGGAGAGAUGAGGGUGUCCUGCUCCUCUGAGGGAGGGGACAGUCCUCAGUACAGCUGGACUCUGGAUGGACACACACUGACAGAUGCUGAGCUCCUUUCUGGAAAUAAUGAGACUAACAUCAUCACUCUGAAACAGCACGUGUCAGGACAUCUGGUCUGCUCAGUCAGUAAUAAUGUCAGUAAUGUCUCCAAAGAGGAGAGAAUAUCGACCUGUGGCUUUAUUUUCAUUAACUGUACUUCAGUCAAUGGGACACAGAUAUCACGGUGGGUGUAUAAAGCUAAUAACACCCUGUGUACUCCACCAAAACAGACUCCUGUGGGUAAGGAUUAUGGAACUACCAUCAGUGAUGAGCCAUGGUACAUUAGAAAUUUGCCACUGAUCGGUAGUGUUCUCUCAGCGCUGGUAAUUUUCUUGGUUGUUGGUGUAGUAGUCAUAUGUGCUUGGAGGAAAAAGCAAAACAGCAAACCUACAAAAAAGGAGGAAGAAGAUGACCAGGAAGUCUUUGCUGAUGUCAAGUUUGUCAAAAGGCAGGCAAACCAAGCUGAGAAAAAAGCUGCUGUGGAGUACGGCCAAGUAAAUUCUGCAAAGCGACCUCGGAGGCCUGAACCAGCAGGAACUGAUUGUGUGUAUGCUAACGUCCAUAAAGUCAGCGAUGGCACAUGGAAAAAGCUGAAGUCUCUGCUGUCCCGCAAACGAGGAGAUCCAGAGGACUCUGAUGAUUCUCCGAUGAUAGUUCUGAUGAUUGAAAUGAGUUCUGCAACUUACACCAACACCUAGUUUCACCUUUUAUCAACUGAAAUUUGACAAAACAACACAUUUUUGUUUAUAUUCUUGGCAAAUUAUGUUCCUCACUUAAGCACCUCAUGCUGAAUUAAGCUGUGAGGGUUUUCUGCAUUUUUAUUUGUGGAAGCUUUGAUUACAAAGGUUGUGAAUGUAAUCUGAACUUGGUAAAGGUGGAAUCAGUCAAGUCAAUUUUUUUAAUUCAAACAUCUGAAACAUUUAGUUUCACUAAGCUUUAAACAAGGAUUUUUGUCUCAGAAGAUUCGGGCGAUUUGAUUUUGUUUUUGUUUUUUUAAAGAGGAGGAUGGCCUGAGACAUUUUACUCAACUUCAGAACAGGAACAUUAAUGUGAAAAUCUAUGAAGUUCAGACACAUGUGAGUCAACAGCAUAGUGUGAAUGUCAUUUAUCACCAUGUGUAGUGUUGCCAUGAAACAACAUUAAAACCAUAAACUUCAAAAAUGAAAAAUUACA